AUGGAUUUCCAAGGUAUGAGCGCAAUGAAUCUUUGGAUGAACCUGAUCUCAGGCAAUCUUCUGCCGAUGACCAACGAUGUUUCGUCAUUCCCGCUCUUCUGGAGAUUGUAUGGAGUCAUCACUUGGUUGUUGCUCCUGACUUACAUGUACGGUUUGAUAUCCGGCUUCUUCUACAUACCGGUAGAGAAGAUCAUAAAGAACGGCAUGAUCAGCGUAGUGAUAGUCGUAGAAGUGUCUGUGAUAAUCACGCGAAUUUACACGCAGAAGGCGUUGGUGCGGGAGUUGAUCGGAAAACUGAACGAAAACCUGCGCGUACAGGACGCAGUAAUGCAGGACGUCUUGACGACGACCUUAAGGUCUAUAAAAGCCCCGCUGCAGUUUUACUGGGUCGCCGGCGUGAUGGCCACCUUUGUAUGGAGCUGCCUACCAUUGCCGUUGAUUUUACAGAGAAAUACCUUCUACUACGUGGAUUUGCAGACGCCGUUGGUCUAUUGCAAAGAACCGUACUCCACCGUGGAUUUCGUGCUGAUCAACAUUUCAGUGCUGAUCAGUAACGUAUUUAUUUUCAUCAAGAAAGUCGCCGUGGAUGUGUACAUGACUCAUCUCGUCCUGAUGAUAACGGUGCAGCAUCUGUACACCUCUCGAAAGCUCGUGUCGAUAUUUCGAGACGGUAAUCGGCAGAAUAAUCACUGUGACCUUCGUAAAGGUUAUCGUGCGUGGGCAGAUUGCACCACGAUAACGAAACUCAAAGGCUUAUGUCGGCAUCACAUCCUUGCUAUAAACUUAACAUUAAUGCUGAAGAAAUUGCUGUCUUUGAACUUCAGUCUGAUAUACGUGAACAGCGUGUUUCGAUUCUGCUCCAUCGCUAUCUUGAUAUUCGCGAUACCGUCCACAUCUGUCAUCGAAGGAUUAGCAGUCUGCACUUUCGCGUGCGGCGAAAUCGUUCAAUUGUACAUAUUGUGUUCUUGCGUCCACAAAUUGUUAGACGCGAGCACGAAGAUAACGGAUGAAGCGUUCCACGAAGACUGGUAUCGAUUUGGACCGUGCGUGAAACGCACGUUCAUGCUAAUUAUAAUGGCUAGUAACGUAGGGUUUAAACUUUCAACCUUUGAAAGAUUCAAUCUGUCUUUGCCCUCAUUUAUGGCGAUUUUAAAUCAGUCAUAUUCGAUCGCUCUUCUGAUUCUGAAAAUGACUAGAAAAUAA